AUGAACGUGGGUGUUGCCCGCGAUUGCAACCUGUGCGGCACUGCUCUGGAUGUCCAGGCAAGCUUCAGCAAGCUCGCGCGCCAGCUUAGUCGCGCACUCAGCAGCACCAAUGAUCGGGAAGGCGAUGUCUCUGCAACAACAGAAGCAGAGCACGAAACGCCGUGCAUGUCGCUGAUCGACACGAUGAUGCAGUCUGCGUUCGUAAGAUCCAAAGCGCAAGCAUGCCAGCGGGUGGCCUACGUCUCAGGCUGGAGCGAGGCAGAAGUUGCCAACUACUUUCAAAGCGUGGACGAAGGCUGCGUUUUCAUUUCUGCUGCUGUUUUCUGUGUCGGAGAAGUGGAACAGACCGCAGGUGCUCCGCUCAGCAUCUUGGACGGGCUCUUGCAGCCUGAAAGGCACCACAGAAGUCACACCCGUGCUGCCCUCCCCCUGCCCGACUUGAGAAGGUAUCGGGAGCACUACUUCGACUCGGACGCUUCCGAAGAUGGAACAUCCGCGAUUUUGCAGCACUACGCAGACACGCGCCCGAAUGUUCGCAUCGUUGAUAGCAAUGGAGUGCAACAAGGCGUGGCCGGAUGCCUACGUGAGGGCUGGGAGCACUGCCGGGGUCGCUUUGUGGCCCGCCUGGAUGCAGACGACGAGGCUGAUCUCCAGCGGCUGUCGAAGCAGCUUCGCUACAUGGAGCAGCAUCCGUCUGUCUCCGUGCUGGGUGGCCGUCACAGAUCCUUCUUCACAGAGCACCGCAAGUUCACAGUGGAGCGAAUAUCGAAGAAGGAGGAUGGCCGAGUAGUAGCCGCCGUCUGGCGGGAGUUUCACGGGCAGCAGACAUCUCGUGCGCGGGAGCAGAUCUGCUUAGCUGAAAGAGGCGAGCAGGUGCUGGUCGUGGAGGGCCCGGCUGAGUACUUGAACUGCAGAUUGCUACGAGUCGGCGAGGAGUCCAUGGUUCUUCAUCCAGAGAGAUGGCAGGAGGCUCUGAGUGCUGCACAAGGCGGCCGAGGGGAGGUUCUGCUUCUGCGGAGAGAUCCCUUGGAGCCCGCUCAGGGAGGUCGAUGGAUGCAUCCCUGCCUCGUGCGGGCGGCCUCUCUGUUCGAGGAGUGUGUGCUGGGGACAACGUGCCUCUUCCGCAAGUCGCACUUCGGUGAGGACUGCCCAUUCAAGCGGGAGGAAGCAGAAAAUCAUUGGCUCUGGUUGGGCCUGGAGUCGUGCCCCCGAGCUCGCUAA